AUGACCGACUUCCUUUCUGAUAUGAUGAUGAGCAAAGUCACAUCUUUACCUUUAUUCUCGGAGAUCGAACCUGCAGCUGCCUGCCUUAAAGAUUGCAGCUCAAUAAAUGUAAAUGCAACAACAACAGAAAUCAAUAUAGACGCAUUACCAGAAAACUUUACAAUAAGCAAUGUAACUUUUGCAAAUGGAACACUGUUCCAGGAUUCACCACUGAACAAUUCAAUAAGAGGUCUUUUCCCUGGUGUACAAUACAUUAUCAACUUUCAAAAUGGUACAGAAUCAUGCUGCAAAAACAUUACAACAAAGCCCAGUCCAGUUUUUGACAUCCAGCCCACAAGUAUCGGCACAGAUCAAGUGACCUUAACGUGGAAAAACAAUGACACUGCUGCUCCUCUUUACACAUAUGUGAUAUACACUGAUGGGAAUGGAAUUUCUCCUACUCGGAACCAAACCUCCCAAAACAAUAGUACUGUAAUUGUGGGAUUACAGCCUGGUACCUCUUAUAACUUCACAAUAGUUCCAGUAGUAGCGGAUAACACAACUACAGGAGACCCAGCAGUCAUACACAUCUGUACAAAUGCUGCACCAGUGUCUUCAUUUAACUGUACACCAGUGACUAAAGAAGCUAAGUUAACACUAAAGUGGGAGCGCCCUGCUGGUGACUUUACUAACUUCACCAUUAAGACAUUCAGUGAUGCCUGGAGCAAUGAAACACUGGUUUUGGCUGGUAACCUAUAUACAACUGUAACAAAUUUAAAUUAUUCCACCUCCUACAGUGUUAGUAUUAUAACCCGUUCAUGUGGGAAAGAAAGCCGUCCAAACCAAACAACAUGUGUUACAAGUAUCACUGACCCACCUGCUCCAGUAGAAAAGCCUAAUAUUACGUCAAUCACUCACAACUCCUUUAAAAUUCAGUUCAGUGCGUUUGUGUCAAAAAAUGGACCGCUAAAGGCCUAUGCAAUAGUAAUCACAACAGCUAAAGAAGGCAAUAAACCUACAAAUAGCAGCUUGAGCUAUACAUACAAGGACUUCAAGGAAAAGAAAACAAACACUUACGUAACAUAUGUCAAAAACAUUACGCAAAUGAGAGCCUUUUCCUCCCGUUCAGAUAGUUCACAAUAUGAAAUGGAAGUAGGAAAUGCAGGCACAUCGGAUGGCUAUGCCAAUGCACGGCUGGAACCACUUGGUUCAUACCGGGCGAGUGUUGCAGGUUUCACUAAAAUGGAACUUAACAAUGGUAUUGUUGAAGAGAGAAGCUAUGUAUCAUUUACACCUUAUUCUCAGGAAAUUAUAUUACCCCAGGAUCCAGGUGUCAUUGCUGGAGCUGUUAUUGGAUGUAUUUUGGGUGCUGUGGCUAUAGCUACUGUAGUGGUAUUCGUUUUCUGGAGACGGAGAAGGAAAGAUGGAAAAAAUAGUGAGCUGCCCUUUUCUCCAAUUAGACCCAAGAAAUCCAAGUCAAUUAAAGUUGAAAACUUUGAGUCCUACUUUAAGAAACAGCAAGCUGACUCGAACUGUGGAUUUGCUGAAGAGUACGACGAACUCAAGUUGGUGGGCAUUAAUCAGCCUAAAUUUGCAGCUGAACUUACUGAGAACAGAGGGAAAAAUAGGUACAAUAAUGUCUUGCCAUAUGACAUUUCCCGUGUUAAACUUUCAAUCCAAAACCAUCCAACUGAUGAUUAUAUUAAUGCAAAUUAUAUGCCCGGAUACAACUCCAAGAAAGAAUUUAUUGCUGCACAAGGCCCCUUACCCAACACUGUGCAAGACUUCUGGCGCAUGAUUUGGGAAAAAAAUAUCUAUGCUAUUGUUAUGUUGACAAAAUGUGUUGAACAAGGCAGGACAAAAUGUGAGGAAUAUUGGCCAGACAAAGGAUCCAACUAUUACGAUGACAUUACUGUAACAUUGGUCUCAGAGUAUGUCCUUCCAGAAUGGACAAUAAGAGACUUCACAGUGGAAGACAGGGAUGCAACUGAAAGUCACUCUGUACGCCAGUUCCAUUUCACUUCCUGGCCUGACCAUGGUGUUCCAGAGACAACAGACCUUCUUAUUAACUUUAGACAUCUGGUACAGGAAAACAUUAGACAAAAUCCCCCAGAUUCUCCUACUCUGGUGCACUGCAGUGCUGGUGUUGGCAGGACAGGUACUUUCAUUGCAAUUGACCGCCUGAUCCAGCAAAUAGAAAUGGAUAACAUCAGUGAUGUGUAUGGAGUAGUAUAUGAACUUCGAAUGCAUCGACCUUUAAUGGUGCAAACAGAGGACCAGUAUGUCUUCCUAAACCAGUGUGUUUUGGACAUUAUUAAAUCCCAAAGAAACAAAAAAUCAGACCUUAUCUACCAAAACACAACAGCAAUGGCAAUCUAUGAAAAUUUUGCACCAACACCAAGUUUUGAGAAGGCAAAUGGCUACCAUGCAUAACCAGAGAGCGAAGAAAUGUCACUAGGAAGCCAUUACUGUCCUGCACACAGGAAAACGAAAUGCACUGUUAUUGUACAUGUGUGUGUACAGUGUCUUUUAUUAUUUUUUCAGUCUUGUAUAUCAAAUUUGAAGAUGCCCGUGUAAAAAUGUCAUUUGGAGUUGUGGGUUAGUAUAAAAAGAAGCUGUAAGUUAACAGAGGAAAUUGCUUUAUCUUGGGAACUUCACAAUACUAGUAGGCGAAACAACAUUUGCAGUACAAAUGGUGAAGUAGAUGAUAAAUAUUAAAAAUAACAAAUUACAAAGGCUCUUUUUUAAUUACAAUUUUGUAUGAUUUCAUAUACAGAUACCUGGCUUGUGGGCUGUGGAAUAUAUUUUAUAAAAGUCAGGAACAUAUUUUAUCUACUGUACCUGGUUACUUAGUUGAUGGAUAUAUGCUUCAUUGUGAUUUGUCCUUAGUGUUCCGUUUGAUUUAUAAGAAGGAGUACAAACGCCUCCUACAAAUGGAUGUUGAUAUUUGGAAAUUGUGCCUUUUCUGGUUAUUACUCUGUAGACAAAAAUAAUCAGAGCCCUAUAUUUUUGUAUUGAGACUUCUAAUUAGAAUAUAGAUUUUAACUGUAGUAACAUUGCUGGCGAGACGCUCCUAGAUUUUGGUAGUGAUCUUCCCCUUUUUGUAUUCCAUCACAACCUUCAGAGGCCUUAUAUUACAGUGCCUCAGUCUAGAGGAAAAGGAGGGUAAGGGUUGUGUGUCAUUCUGAGCUUUAGUGUGUGUGUGUGUGUGUGAGAGAGAGAGAGAGAGAGAGAGGGGGGAAGCAACUCCUCCCAUUUCUGGCUGAUAUUUCUGAUUUAUAGAGUUUAUAAGGAUUUAUUUAAAGGUGCAAUAUGUGAUUUAUUGAAUAAUGAUUGCUCUACUUAAAGAGAGCUUUACUCAGGUUGUCUCUUUUUUAAUUAUUGUUUUUUUUCUUAAAUAUAUAAAUCUGUGAAAAUUUCAGACUGAGAAUUCACAUGUCAAAGUGCUCCCAAACAGGUUCACUGGCUUUAUUCAAUUUAGCAAAAGUAAAUGCACAAAUAUCUACUGUAUAUAUCAAUUACUAGAAUCUGUUGUUUUAGCCUGUCAAAACUGAGAUGUGUUUUAUCUUGGUGCAUCUCAAAAAUAUAAUUUAACUGUUUUAUAAUUGUUUCCAAUAUGCUGCUGCUGCUAUUUUAACUGAUCCUUUUUUAAAAAUCUAGAUAUUAAUAUUACAUGUCAAGGGCUAAUUUGGAUUUAUUUUGCUGGUACAUUAAUGUUAAACGUAUGAAGGCAUUACCAAUGAAGGACUUAUUUGUUAUUUUUAAGGGGUACUGGGUGUUUUUUUUUCUUCUUUGGAUCAGUGCACUGGUUGCAUUGCAAAGUAAGAAGUUCAGGAACAUCCAUAAAAUAGCUGUUAAAGUCUUAUGAAGGUUUAAUAGCCAGCGUACCUGGGAUUCUGCAGCAUUUGAAAGCCAGUUUGUAUGACAAAGAUGACAAAAACUGCUGCAAAUUUUGGAAAUGAUUGUGGCACUACAAUGGGUAGCUGGCUGCCCUGUAGAAUCCACUGUUGAAUGAAAAAUCCCAGGCAUCCUGGCUUCUAUAGUCCCACAUCUGUGAACUUAAGUACUGGCAACAGUAAUUCUUAUUCGGUAAUGGAAGUGUGUCAUUUAAGCAAAACUGGAGGGAUACCCACACCACGGUUUGACCAGGACUCAUAACAGCCAUUUGUUGUGUUUAUUUUAUUUUUUCUUCUUCUUAUCUGAAAUAUUUAAAAUCUAUCAAACCAUCCCACCAGACUCCUUCUCAAAUGGAAAUUGCAGUCGUGAUUUUUUUCACCCUGCAUCCUUUCUAAGGUGCCAUUAGAUCUCAACGAAAUGCAAAUGCAACAACUUCUUCACUUAGCUUGGCAGCACAGAUCAAACCAAAAAAAUCCCUAAGGCUUCACUAGAGAGAAGGGCCUGCCCCUCUACAUUGUUGGGGGAGGGGGUGUUUGUUUUUCAUUUAAAUACUACUACUCUCUGUGGUAGUGCAGUCUUAAGGUACCAUGGAAAUGCAUGGCUGGUCAGAAAUCGUUAUUUCUGGGACAGCCCAGAAGGUCUUUAGUCCAAGAAUACUGCACUUGGUUUAAAAAGUGACUAUCUUGUGUAGCAGAGAAGAGCAGUGAAUGCAUUGUCUCUCAUAGUGUUUGUGCUGUGGAUUCUGCACUUGCUUUAUAUAGUGGAUGCAUCUGCAUUAUAUAGCAGCAGAAUCUCAGAAAACUAGCUAUAACUGUGACUAUCUAUUUCGGUCUAAACACCUAUGAUAGAUUGUUGCAGCAGCAGGUGAUUAAAAGUGGGAUCCUAGAUACAAUUUGUUUCCAUUAGGAAAACAAUAGAAUAAAUAUUUGUCAAGAGAUUCCUGAGAAGUAAAUAAAAACUCUAUCCAAUCAAAUCCUUUUAUGGAUUCCAGGUUCCCAAGACAAAUAUCUGCUAAAUCAGGAGAGAGUCUGAUUUCCCCGCUUAUGAUUUAAAUGUGAGAAGAACACAAUAGAUGAGAUUACAGGGCCAAUCCUGCCUGACUAAAACAGUCACUAUUCCCAAUCAAGUCUAUUACCCAGAGAGGCCAAAAAGAAUUUUCCAAGCUCAGUGGUUUGAACAUUGGCCUGCUAAACCUAGAGUUAUGAGUUCAAUCCUUGAGGGGGCUAUUUAGGGAACUGGGGCAAAAAUCCAUCUGGGGAUUGGUCCUGCUUUGAGCAGGGGGUUGGACUAGAUGACCUCCUGAGGUCCCUUCCAACCCUGAUAUUCUAUGAUUCUAUGAGCAAGGCAUGCAGGCUCAGGCCAUAUAGUUUUUAGUGGACAGAAAAAGUUGAUUAAUGCUUAAAGUGAUGUAUCCAUGAAGUUGGGUGUUGUUCCACUGUGACUAACUAGGACAGGCCACAUAGGAACUCCCACUGGAAGGAAUGGGUCUUACAGGUAAUUUUUUAUCUUAGAGAGAUUCCCUCUAACCAAGAUGACUUGAAUAGGAUUCUAGCAUAUGUUUCUCAUCUACAAACUGAUUUUCUAUGUCUUUAGUUUCUUUUGAUUCAGGACUAAAGGUUGCUAUUUAUACUGUCUUGUUGCUCUUUAUUCUGUUCAUUCAGUGCUUAUUGUUGGUGGUGCUUGUCUAAAGUAAUCUGCUUUCCCAGCCUCAAAACUCUCCUGUGUUACAACACUGGGUUUUCUGACUGGAGUGGUUGUUUUUUUUCCUUCAAUUUGGGACCCUUUUAAAAAGGGAAAUGUUCACGUGUGUCAAAUAAGGGUUGCUUUUAGUUGAAUAUUUUGAUGUACAAAUUUCAGUGUUUUUCAUACAGCUGUACAGAAACUUGUAGCACAUUGUCUUAACUUUUUAAUAGUUUGUUUUAAAGAUAAAGAUAAUUAAAAAGCAUUAACUUAGA